AUCGAUAGUUUUUAUACACCUCUAGCAUUUUUGGCGUUCAAUUUUUUUGCGACAAUUUACAACGUUUUCACCAAUUUAUAAAAAUGGACGUUGACAAAGAUACCAACGUAAGUGGCGUGGAGCUCACCGAAGCCGAAAACGAACUAUAUGAUAGACAGAUUCGACUUUGGGGCUUGGAGUCGCAAAAACGACUGCGCACGGCCAAUAUACUAAUUUCCGGCCUGAAUGGACUGGGUGCGGAAAUUACGAAAAAUAUUAUAUUGUCUGGCGUGAACAUGGUGAAACUGCACGACGACAAACUGAUCACCGAAGAGGAUUUCUGCUCACAGUUUCUGGCGGCGCGUGAAUCGUUGGGCAGCAAUCGAGCGGAGGCAUCGCUGACGCGGGCACGUGCCCUCAAUCCCAUGGUCGAUAUAUCUGCGGAUACGCAACCAUUGAAGGAGAAAUCGUCUGAUUUCUUCAAACAGUUCAAUGUUGUGGUUAUCAGCGGCGAGAGCAACAAGGAACUGCAGCGCAUCGACUCAAUUUGCCAGGAGUUGGGCAUCAAGUUCUAUGCCACCGAUGUUUGGGGCAUGUUUGGUUUUCAUUAUGCCAGCCUUCAAAAGCACAGCUACGUAGAGAACGUUUUCAAGCACAAAUGCAUCUCGAAGCCAAACGAGAAAGUUAAAUAUGAAACUAUCUCCACGCCAAGGCAGUGCGAAGUCGAGUAUCCAACUUACAUAAAUUGGAUUGACUUUGAUAUUACUGCACCCAAGUAUGCGCGUAAGUUGAAACGCGAUGGACCUGGCAUUCUGUUGUUGCGCAUUCUCCAAGUCUUCCGCAGCGAGCAUAAGCGUGAUCCCAGCUACAAGACCAGGGAAUCGGAUAUUACGCUCCUGAAGAAAAUCCGUGAUGAAGUGCUGCCAAAUUCGUCACUGAGCAACGAGGCACUGGAAUUGCUUUUUGCCCAGAUUUCGCCAGCUGUGGCUGUCGUUGGCGGCGUCGUCGCCCAAGAGAUUAUCAAAGUGGUGACCAAAAUGGAGGCACCCCAUCGUAAUUUAUUUAUAUUUAAUCCAGAAACCUGCAUCGGUUAUGUGGAAACAAUUGGCGUCAGAUAAGUCAAUUUAAUUGUUCGAAUAAAGCCGAAUUCUAUGAAUAAUUUCA